AUGGCCGACGUGUCCGAGUAUAUUGCCAUGGAGGCGCCCGAACCAGCGAAACCUCAGCCAGCUGAUGGACAUAAUGCGACGGCGGCCACAGAGAAUACGAAUCAGUUCCAGCAUGCCAUAUCGGCAUGGAGGAACAUCGAUCUGACUUCUUUGAUUUCCACUCUCGAUAACACUGCCUCGGACAUAGUUACAUACCAACGCGAUUCCACUGUACAGCGGAAGGAUCUCGCGCAAAAGACAAAAGACUUCAGGAAGCUAGACGAUGCGACCAAGUUGACUGAGAUCAAGAGCCUCUUGAAGGCCUACCAGACAUUCAUCGAUCUUCUGACGAACCACUCCAAGGCCACCAAUUCUUCCUUCCUCCAAGUCUACUCAGCCCUGGAAAAUGCGCCAGAUCCAUACCCACUUCUCGAGGCCUCCGUAGAUGCCAUGCUAGUCUCCGAAGACACUCUACCCAAGCUUACCGAAGAAAACCAACACCUGCAAACCAACAUCACCGACCUUACUUCGCAACUCGAGGAGACCGAAUCGCGGCUGCAAUCAGAGAGUGCAAACCGAAAGCAACUGGAAGGUAACCUCGAGAGCAAGGUCAAGGAAGUCGAGUCAUCAUGGACCGCUGUGCUGGAUGAGAAGAAAGAUAACUGGGAGGCAAAGGAGAAGGCGUUAGAGGAGAAGGCCGAGAGUCAGGAACGACUGAUCAACGAGAUCAAGGCCAGCUACGAAGUCAACCAACGACUGAAGGGCUCCGAAGAUGCCGACAACGAAGGGCAUGGUGGGCAUGUCUCGAGUGCUGAGUUGGAGAUGGUUCACUCUGAUCUGGAGCGGACUAGCACGCGGCUUGCCGAGGUUGAAGCUCGAAAUGAACAACUGCGAAUAGAACUCGCACAGUCCAAGUCGCAACUACCGGCGCAAGCACCGUCAUUGGAUGAUGACCCAGGAUAUAUGCGCAUGAGAUCUGAGAACUCGUCACUCAUUCGGAAGCUGGACUCGGCGAGGGUCGAGAAGGAGGCCUUCAAGAGGGAUAUCGACUCCAAGUUACGUGGCUUGGAGAGAGAGGUUGGUCUCCUGAAAGAAGAUCGCGACGGUUUAAAAGCGAAAGUCCAAAAGUGGCACGAUUAUGACGACGUCAAGCAAGAGCUUGAGGUCCUCAAAAGUAUCGAGUUCGCCACCGGCGACGAUGAUGACGUUCUACUCAGCGCUGGGGCCGCUGCGAAGGGCAAGGGCGAUACGCUGGAACAGUUGCUUUUAGCCAGAAACAAGAAGUUGAGCGAUGAACUCACAAUCUUGCGGGUGUCGCAUCAAGAUCUUCAAAACCGAUUGGAAAGCCUGCAGGAGGAAUUAUCGAGAACCAAUGCUGAUUUGGACAAAUCACAAAACCUGAAUACGCAGCUAGAGAACGACCUGGCCAACCUACAGGCUGAGGGACAGAACGCAUUCCCGUCUGGGGCUUCAAUAGCCGGGACGUACACAAGAUACGCACCAUCAGUGGCACCCGGAAGACGAGGUGGGAGGACGUCUCCCACAUCAUCCAUUAUAUCUGGAUUUGAUCCUCGCACCACGGGUGGUGAGCCUUAUGGUGGUGGCUCGGGCAUAUUGCCGAUGAUCACAGCUCAACGCGACCGCUUCAAGAAGCGGAACUCGCAGCUCGAAGGCGAGCUUUCAGAAAGCCACCGAAAUGUGUCCCAACUACGGCAGGAGAUUGCUGCGCUGCAAAAGGAUAACCUGCAGCUCUAUGAAAAAACGCGUUACGUGUCGACCUACAAUCGCGGGCCGUCGGCCUCCUCGUCAUCGGCAUAUUCUGCCAUUCCAAAUCCAUCUACGGUAUCCAUCGGCACGGGGAAUCCAGGGGUUGAGAUGGACCGGUACAGGAAGGCAUACGAAUCAAACAUCUCGCCGUUCGCGGCCUUUAGAGGGCGUGAGUCAGCAAGGGCCUACAAGCGAAUGAGUUUCCCCGAAAGGGUGGUCUAUUCGGUUACGCGGAUGGUGAUGGCGUCAAGGACGAGCCGGAAUCUAUUUGCAGCGUACUGUGUCGCACUGCAUCUGCUUGUGUUCUUCUCGCUUUACUGGCUGGGCACCACGGAUGUGGAACAGCACUCCAGCAACCUGAGCCAGGGUAUAGCCGCUGCAGCAGCGGCGGGACCAGGAGGCGCCUCGGGCGGUAGAGCGGGAUCCAAUGGGCAGGCCGCGAAGCAUGGGGAUUGGCAAGAAGAGGGCUUCAACGGACAUCGAUGA